CGCUUCGGUUUUUUGAGACAUCCUCUGCAUUAAUUUUAUUUUCCAACUCUCUUCAGCCCAGCCCAGCCCAGCCCAGCCCAGCACCGUCAAGACAAACCAAAGCAAGGCAAACCAAACCAAAGCAAGGGAAACCAAAACAUGGCCCUCGCACCGGCAUACGCUAUCGGACACAAGCUGCUCAGCGGCAGCAGUGGCGCCCACACGCUGGAGGUGUUCCUCGACUACACGUGCCCCUUCUCGGCCAAAAUCUGGCGCAUGCUGCAGGGCCAGGUGCUCCCAUGGCUCGGGUCGCUCAGCCCGGCGCCGGUCACCGUGAUCUUCCGGCACCAGGUGCAGCCAUGGCACCCCAGCUCAACGCUCCUACACGAGGCCAGCCUGGCCGUCGAGAAGAUCAACCCGCAGGGCUUUGCGCUCUACUCAUCGGCGCUCUUUGACAAGCAGUGCGAGUACUUUGACGAGGCCACCGUCAGCCUCUCACGCACCGAGAUCUACCGCCAGCUGGCGCAGCUCGCCACCAGCGUCAACGCUGUUGAUGACAAGCUGGCUGUGCUGCAGAUGCUGGAUAUCCAGCAGGCUGACGCGGCUGACGCGAAAAAUGUUGGCAAUGCCGUGACCGAUGACCUGAAGUAUCAUAUCAAGCUGGCGCGCGCCCAGGGCAUCCAUGUGUCGCCCACCGUUGUCUUUGACGGCAUCCGCGAUGAUGGCGUAUCGAGCUCAUGGGGGCUGGACCAAUGGAAGGCCUGGCUCGAGCCGAAGCUGUGAUCGGCUGAGCUGUGACCAUAAUGCCGGCUCGCGGUAUUGUGAGCGAGCGCAAGUUUAGUGUUGUGAGUGGGAUUGGGGUUUGUGCAUUUUAACGAGCAUGUGAAAGUCGUAUUGCGUAUUGUGUAUGCGCUGUAGAAACGAGUCUGCUGUAAUCGCGCGCGGUGCUUUAAUGCCACGCCGAUAGCAGCAGCGGUAGAAUAUAAUGUCUUUUUUGUUCUUUGUUUUUUACUUUUCUA